UCUCCAAAAUGGCCGGCAGGGUUACUUCCGGCGGCGAGGACGACGCGGUGACGCCACUUCCGCCCUUCAUCCAAUCAGAGGCGGCGCGCGGGGAAUUCGAACGCGGUGGCCGUUGAAGGGGAAACGGCGGCGGAGAGACAGAGGCGAAGAAGAAAAGUCUGUGAUCGGGAGCCCCAUCGGUAGAGGAACGGCUACUGAGUUUAGCAGACAUGAGUGAACGACAAAUCAACAGCGAGAGACAAGAAUAAGGACAUGAACAACAUUGAUAAAGACACAAUUCAAAGAGUCAAGUUGAAGGAAUUUGCUGUUGAAGGAAAAAGAAAGAGUAAUGGUUUGCCAGGGUGCUUGCAGCCUCAUUCCAAGUUGAUGGGAUUUCGAUGCACGCCUUCCCUUCUGGUAGAAGAGGAGAAUGUCCUGGAAGGCCAUUCCCCUCAGCCUCAUCCCUGGAGGCACGCCUCUAAAAGACCUGGUGAAAUAUCAGGUGGAUGGGACUUGUGGUUCAUCUGCUAAACAAACUAUUUUUCCUGCAGUGGUUCUUGACCAUAAAAAUGUUUGCUUGGAAAAAGAGAUUAAAAAGGGAAACAUCUUCCAGUCCACUUUAAUAGCUGGUGGCUCUUGUGAUAAAGAAUUCAUUGACCUCAGUGAGAUAAAGCCAGUUGCUGAAGGAUCGGCACCACCUUUGUCUUGUGUGAACCAGGAGGCUGUGCCACUGAGGCAGAAUAGCUUUCUCAAACGCAAGGCUGGCGAGCAGAUGCCUUUUGAGUCUCCGGCAAAAAUCUUUUUAAGAAUGAAGGCCAGGACAGCCCUUAAGGCUCAAGAAAGGAAGUUACUGGACACAAACAGCACUGCAGAUUACAUCCUCACCCCUGAGAGAUGUUCCGACCGUUUGGGAAGACAAGGCAAGAUCCCAAAAGCUGAAGAUGACAAACCAAAGGAAGACUUGGCUGAGAAGCCUCUUGGAGAGCCCCAAGUGGGAAAAGUGUCCAGUAUUGGAGUGAACAGAAAUACAUGUGGUCCAGUUGCAGGUUCUCAGGCUUUCAAAUCUCCUCACAGGUUCUUCUCACGCGUAAAGCAGAAGUUGCGGCAGAAACUGGUGCAAAGAGUAGAUGCUCCAGUUUGCCAAACCAAGCAGAAUGACCCUCCUUCAGCAGCACUGAAGCCACCUUCAGUCACAUCCAAUUUAGCCCCGCAGUUAAAUGAUCUGAAUGGAGAGUGUAUAAAUGCUCCUGUCUCUCAGGAUGAUACAUUUAUCGUGGAACCAGUUGAUCCAGGAUGUGAGACUUUCAAUCUGACAGUUGAUGUUAUGGACAUGAGCUGUGGUCCUAUUAAGCCUGCGCAACCCUUAGAAGAAGUGGCACCUAGAAGGCUAUCCCAAGAAAGAAGAGCAGCGCACCUAUCCAGUGAGAAAUUUGGCCCUGGAGGACAACCAGUGUUGGGACUGGGGUCUCAGAUGCCUUCACAGCACUUGUGCGAUAUUAUUUUUGGUACGCCAAAAGUCCACAUACCAAGGAAACAAAAAACAGGCGGGACUGCUUGCAAGCCCCCUAUGGCUACUCCUUAUGCUGACAAAGCCAGUGAUGGCAACAAAGUGGAACAGCAGAGGAUCCAUAUCAGUGAAUGGAGAAUCAAGGUGAUCAACAACAAUACAGCUGUUUGCCUGGAAGGGAAAAGGAGAGAUAUGAAUGAUAUUUAUUGGCACAGCAAUGCGAUUGUGGAAAGAAUUGCACACAAACAAGUUAAAACUUUAUCUGGAAAUAUCUAUGUCUUAGAAGGGCGUGUAGAUGCAAGCAUCAUGAAGAAGGAAGGAAUGCCAUCUACAUUCAUCAAGAGGUUUGACUCUGGGAUUCCAAGAAACUGGAAAAUGCUUGUUGAUGAUCUGCUUCGCAGUUUGAGGAGGAAAGAUCGGAGAAGUGAGGAUGACAGUGAAGGAGAAGAUCCUGUGGAAAUGGAGAGAUUGGAAGAACUGGGAGUUCUGCCCAAAGAUGUCAAGAAAAAGGCGAAAGCGAAAGAUGUCACUUAUGAUGUAAUAGACCUGCAGAGUAAUAAAAAACUCGGUGCACAGCAAAAACUGUCCUGUUUCCAGAAUGAUCCGAAUGUGAGUUUCACCCGCAGCGGCCGGUGUGUUAAGCCACCCAUGCAGUACUGGUGCGGAGAACGAAUUCUUGUUGAUCAAGAGUUUAAUGUUACAGUGACCAAAGGGGGCACCAAUUACUUGGCACCUGUAAGAUUUAUUUUUCCAUCUUUCUGUUUGUUCAGCAUUGUCCUGGAAUGGGUGGAACUGGCAGAAGUUUUCAACAAGUUCCUAGAGGCACUUUUGAGCGUGAGCAGUGCACGGCCGCAGGCCAAGAACAGAUUCCGGUCCCCAAAGGAAAAUGGAGUGGGUAACCUGGAGGCAAACAAAGAAGUACCUCCCAGCCAAGCUAAAGAAAGAACUGUCAGAAGAGCUGAGAGGGUCACCAGAGAACCUGAGAAUGGAUAUCAACAAAAUUUGCAACAGUUUGUUUCUGACUCUGAAGAAAGUGACCCUGAACUGGUUAUUAAUGAGAUCUGCAAAAGACAAGCUAUAGUUACACUGACACCCCUGAACCACAAGCAUUUGCAUGAAAAGAACUUUAAAUGCAGCAACCAGCCAGGACAGAAGCAAAACUUGCCACAGCAGGACAGAGAAACGAAUGGGUGCAGAACAAGCUAUAUGGAGGGCAAGGCAGCUGCCUCCAAGGACCCAAAACAAGUGCGCCCUCAGCAGCCAACGGAGGUGAGCAUUCCUGGCACAAGUGAUGAUGAUGAUGAUGAUGAUAUCCUAUGCAUUAAGAGGAAGAUCCAGCCCCCUUUCAGAAGAGGGGCUUUGAGGAGGGAGCAAAGGGACGCGAGGAAAAAGCCCUUGCAAGUAGUCAAAGCAACGGUGAAUUCUGAAACCCCGUCUUCUCAGAGCAAAACGAUGGUGGUUGCUCACCUUGGCCAGGAUGGCAGGUCAGAGACGCUACCUGGAGAGAACUCCUCUCCUGAUUUGGCUGGAGGCCCUGCUGGGCAUCAGGAGAGGAACAGGCAGGGGUCACACAAGGGGAUCGCACAGGCCACAGCGGGUGUCCUGGAGACAGAGUCAGAAAGUGAAGCCAACAUUGGGGAGCGCCUGCCGAAAAAAGGAAGGAAGGAAGUGGCAGCGGCAAAAGCCAAUGGCCAGGCUGCCAGCCGGACAGAAUCUGCGAGUGGGGCUGGCAGGGCGCCUGGCAAACGGCAAUGGUGGGCCAUCGGGGAUUCCCUCACAGAUGUGAAUGAGGAUUGGAGUGACAAGGAAGUGGAAAAACUGCACAGAGCAAUGGCUUCCUUUCCUAAACACAAGAACGGCUUCUGGCUGGACGUAGCCAUGAGGGUGGGAUCGAGAACCACCGAAGAAUGCCAGCAGAGGUACUUGGCAGAGCAGGAAAGCCGAGCGCGGGCCCCAAAGCGGACCUCUAGGCCUGGAAAAAAGGAAGCAAGAGAGGAGGGGGCCAAGCAGCCUGUGACCGUUGCUGCCAAGGUGGGGACGCUGAAACGGAAGCAGCAGAUGCGGAAUUUUCUCGAGCAGAUGCCCAGGGACAACCACGACGACAUCUUCACCGCAACUCCCUUUCAGAAUAGGAACACAAAAUUGCCACAGUUCCGCACCGUCCCAGAGGAGGAUGUUUUCCAGCUCAAGGAGAGCAACCCCAUCACGCCCUCCUCGGCCAUCUUUCCUUUGCAGAAGACCCCUCAGUGUGAACACGUCACCCCCUGCAUGCUGGAAUCCCUGGACAGGAAAGACUGUGAAAAGCAUGUUUUCCACCUGCAAAAGAACAUCAAAGGCAAGGAACGCACUUGGCAGAACGUGAAGAAGAAAUCGGCUGGGACCAUCUUCACGACUCCCACCUCCCGAAGAGUGAACGUCUUUACCUUUGAAGGUGACUUGGCUUCGGUGGGAAUGGAGCAGCUCUUCCAGGCAGAUCAAGAAAUGGAGUCUUGCAAUGAGGACGAUUCCUAUUUUUCUACUUAGUUGGCUGCUUGCCUGCAAUGGAUUCAUCCUAAUUCCUGAAGGCCUUCACAGUUCACAGGCCACCUUCUUGGUACAGAGCGAUACUUUAGGCUUCUUUUGGAGGAUUUUGAAGAAAAGGCUUUGACGUCUCAGUUCCAUUUUUCCUGAAUGGUGUUCAAAAUAAGAGGACCUCUGUUUCGCAUUGCUCCAGGUUGAUCUGUCUGCUUGAAGGGGGCCUUAACUGUUGGGGGCUAUUUUUUAAAGAAGCAAAAUAACCUUUUUUUAAGCUACUGCACAGUAAACCACCAUGUGCAGUAUUUAUAACUGCAAAGGAUCUUUAAAUUUACUGCCUACAGAACAGGGACUAUGAAUUUUUGUAUUAAAUUUCCUUUC